GUCUGCAGCCCCCCAGCACUGCCCCUCUCCCGCAGGCCUCCCGCCCAGCACGCUCCUUCCAGCUGGAUUAUGAGCAGGACUGCUUCCGCAAGGACGGUGCCCCUUUCCGCUACAUCUCGGGCAGCAUCCACUACGCCCGCGUCCCGCGCCCCGCCUGGAGGGACCGGCUCCUCAAGAUGUACAUGAGCGGGCUCAGCGCUCUGCAGGUCUACGUCCCCUGGAACUACCAUGAGCCGCUGCCGGGGGUUUAUGACUUUGCUGGGGACCGGGAUGUGGAAGCCUUCCUGGACCUGACAGCCGAGCUGGGGCUUCUGGUGAUCCUGCGGCCGGGGCCCUACAUCUGUGCGGAGUGGGAGAUGCGGGGUUGGCCCUUCUGGCUGGCACGCCGACCCCGGUGUCAUCUGCCCUCUCUCUCGCCAGCCUACCUGGCAGCCGUGGACUCCUGGCUCCAUGUCCUGCUACCCAAGAUCAAGCCACGCCUGUACCAGCAUGGGGGGAACAUCAUCAGUGUGCAGGUGGAGAACGAAUAUGGGAGCUACUACGCCUGCGACUACGAGUACCUGCGGCACCUGCUGGGCUCCUUCCGGGCGCUGCUGGGGAGCGAGGUGCUGCUCUUCACCACCGACGGCACGCGGGCGGAGGAGCUGCGCUGCGGCACGCUGCAGGGGCUCUACGCCACCAUCGACUUUGGGCCAGGCUCCAACGUGACGGAGUCGUUUGGUGUCCAGCGCCGGGUUGAACCAAAGGGGCCCCUGGUGAACUCUGAGUACUACACGGGCUGGCUGGACUACUGGGGGGAGGCGCAUGCCAGCACCAGCUCUGUGCAGGUGGCCCGGGGGCUGGAGGACAUGCUGCAGCUGGGAGCCAGCGUCAACAUGUACAUGUUCCACGGGGGGACGAACUUCGCCUACUGGAGUGGUGCUGACUUCAAGGACCAGUACAAACCAGUGACCACCAGCUACGACUAUGAUGCUCCCCUCUCGGAGGCGGGAGACCCCACCGAGAAGCUGUUUGCCAUCCGCACGGUCAUCAGCAAGGUGCUGAGCCUGGCAGGAGGAGGGGGACAGCACUGGGCACCGCUGCCNCCCGCCCCCCCCAAGUAUGCCUACGGCUGGGUGGCCCUGCGGAAGUAUGCCAACCUCCUGGAUGUCUUGGAUGUGCUGUGCCCCUCCGGGCCCAUCCAGAGCCCGUUCCCCCUCACCUUUGAGGCCAUAAAGCAGGCCCAUGGCUUUGUGGUGUACCGCACACAGCUGCCCCGGGACGUCCUGGACCCAGCCACGCUGGGUGCUCCUCCCCACAGCAUCUGUGACCGCGGCUACGUGAUGCUGCAGCAGGAGUACCGGGGGACACUGGAGCGGGACGGGCAGACAACGCUACGUGUGACGGGCAGGGCAGGGGACACCCUGGAUGUGCUCCUGGAGAACAUGGGCAGGAUUAGCUUCGGGGCCAACAUCAGUGACUUCAAGGGCUUGCUAGGGAACCUCUCCUUGGACUCCAGCCCUCUCAGCAACUGGCUGAUCUACCCCUUGGCCAUAGACACCGCCAUCCAGCAGGGCCGGCCCCACGGCUGGCCCCACGCUGCCCUGCCAAAAUCGAGCAGCCCAGGCAGAGCAGGGCCAGCCUUCUACACUGGGACCUUUGAGACCCCUGGCAUCGCCUGGGACACCUUCGUGAAGUUCCCAGGUUGGAGCAAGGGCCAGCUGUGGAUAAACGGCUUCAACCUGGGCCGGUACUGGCCCCGCCGCGGGCCCCAGCAGACCCUCUUUGUGCCCGGCUCGGUGCUGCAUGUUGGCUGCCCCAACAACAUCACAGUGCUGGAGCUGGAGGGGGCACCCCCCAUCCCCUUCCUGCUCUUCCUCGACCGACCCCUUUUCAACGGGACCCUCAGCCGCAGCACUGCGGCCACAGAAUAA